AUGGAGUCUUCCUGGUUUAUCUUCGUUGUCUCCCUAUUAUGCAUCCUACCGCUUCUCAAAUCGCUGUUUUCAUCAAUCGGCGGCGCCGGCAAGAAGAAGCUCCCGCCGGGACCCCUAUCGGUACCGUUAAUCGGAAACUUGGUAUGGCUGCGCAGGUCUCUUUCUGAGCUGGAACUCAUCCUCCGCGAGCUCAAGACCAAGUACGGUCCCUUCAUCACCAUCAGAAUUGGCCCUCGUAUCAGGUUAAUAUUUAUCGGCUGUCACUCCCUCGCUCACCAUGCUCUUGUCAAAAACGGCGCCGUCUUCUCCGACCGCCCGAGAGCCGUGUCGACGAGUAAGAUCCUGACAAGCAACCAGCGCACAAUCAGCUCCGCCGCCUAUGGUGCCACUUGGAGGAUCCUCCGCCCCCUCCCGUGUGAAGUCGUACUCCAUGUCCCGUGGAUGGGUUCUUGGUGGUCUUAUUCAGCGGCUUGUGGUGGCGCAGUCGUCGGAAUCGUUUGUGAGCGUAAUCCAUCAUUUUCAUUUUGCUAUGUUCUCUCUGUUGGUGUUCAUGUGCUUUGGGGACAAGCUCCAACUCGUCUCCAAGCCAAAGAAAGGCCUAUCAAUCAAACUGAGGGGCAAGAGGCCGAAGUGGUCGCAUAUGUAGACUCGCUGGCAGACUUGAAGCUACCUGAGGAAAACAGAAACCUCGAUGAAAGGGAAAUGGUGAGUCUAUGCAGUGAAUUUCUCAGUGCAGGCACCGAUACCACUGCCACGGCUUUGCAGUGGAUCAUGGCUAACUUGGUUAAACAGCCCGAGAUUCAAUCCAAGCUUUACGAUGAGAUAAUUGAAGUUGUGGGACUGCAUCCAGCAAUGGCAAUGUCUAGUAACAAAGAGUCAAGUAUGCAGCAAAUGGUAAAGGAUGAGGAUUUACAGAAGAUGCCAUACUUGAAGGCAGUUGUGUUAGAAGCAUUGAGGCGCCACCCGCCAGGGCACUUCUUGUUGCCCCAUCGGGUGACAGAGGAAGUUGAAUUGGAUGGUUAUGUGAUCCCGAAGAACAGCCUUGUGAAUUUCAUGGUGGCGGACAUGGGUUUGGAUCCAAAAGUGUGGGAGGAUCCGAUGCAAUUCAAUCCCGAAAGGUUCCUAGCGGAUGGUGGGGAAGCGUUUGAUAUAACGGGGAGUAGAGAGAUCAAGAUGAUGCCAUUUGGUGCAGGCAGGAGAAUAUGUCCCGGGUGGGCUCUGGCUCUACUUCACUUGGAGUACUUUGUUGCCAAUCUGAUUUGGUACUUUAAAUGGACCGCCCUUGAUGGAGACGAUAUUGAUCUGUCUGAGAAGCAAGAGUUUACCACUGUCAUGAAGAAUCCAUUGCGAGCUCGAAUCUCUCCUAGAGUUUCAUAA